AAAAUCGCGCUCGAAUCUUGAGCGACCCUUUCGAAAAUCUCCAUAAAAAAAAAAUAAAUAAAAAAAAAAUACGCAGCUUCUAAACUUGGAAUUCUCUCCCUUGGAGCAGUUAUUUCGGUCCCGGUGCCACAACGUUCAGAUGAAUUGUUCGUUUAAUUGCUGUUAAAGCUGAUCGUUAACUCAAAACUGUCGAAACAAAACUUGAGAAAAUGUUAGGUCACUUCUAUAGAAGGACAAUGUCCACGGUUAUAUUAAAAAUAAACUUUCCAAAGCUCCAAUCUCAUUUUCUGUGUCCAUUUUCUGCUCCUCUGUCUCAGAAUUUCCAACACCAUUUUUUCCAACGCCAAGCGUUUAGUGGGACACCCUACAUCUUGAAUAAACUCCUUCACAAGCCACUAAACAGUCAAAUGACAUCACCGUCGCCUUGUUGUGGUUACAGUAAUGAAGCAAGCCUUUUAAAUCAUAAAUUUGAAGUUAUUUAUCGUUUCCCUUACAUCGUACACAUGCAUCUGUUGUCAAGAUUCAAAAUAUACCAAACGGCUUUUUCGGUCGCUGCUGUACCACUCUGCUAUGCCAUGCACAGCAAUGGCCAAUUAUCUCUGGAACUUUGUCAUUAUGUUGUUGUUUAUUCAAUUGUGGCCUGUGCCAUGCUGUAUGUGUUUAGUUUCUAUUUGCGGAGACUCGUUGGCAUCAUUGCCUACAACAGUGUUGAGGAUUUAGUCAAAGUAUCGCACUUAACGUUCUGGGGAGGUCGUAAGGACAUCUUCCUCCAUGUGAAGAGCGUUGUACCCCUUUCGGAUAUGUCUGAUAAUCCGAAUGACAUCUUUGUGAAAUUCCGGCAGUAUGAUAAUGAAGAAGUACUCUUCCUUGUACUUAAGUUUGGAGGAAUUAAGGACAUGGAGAAAUUCCAGCUGGUACUAGGAGACAUAAAGUAGUGUCUAUAAGUUGGUAGUUAGUAACUGUGUAAAUAAAAGAGUAUUCAGUGGAUAUUUGAAUAAAACUGUCACUACCAUCUGAAUCAUUAAAU